AUGGAGUUUCUUAUUAUUAAAAAAAUUGAUAUUAUUAUUAUUAAACAGGUUGUAGAAUUAAAGGCGCGGUUGCACUGCAAGGCCUGUGAGAAAGCAGUACGCAAAGCCUUAUGUAAGAUCAAAGGAGUGAGAUGCGUGCAGAUAGAUAGCAAAUCAAACAAGAUCACAGUAUUGGGUUACAUGGAGACUAAAGUCAUAAUCAAAGCCAUAAGGAAGACAGGCCAGAAAGCAGAGGCUUUGCCUUCUUCUCAUCCCUAUGAGGCACCUAGUCCUAGGUUGCCUACUGGUUUUAGAUGCAUUAUUCCUAGAUGUGGUCUUUAGAUUGGGAUUUUUUUUAAAUUAUUAUUGCAGAUAUUUUAAGGGAUAAUAUAUUAUCAUAUAAGUGUUUUGUUGCUAGGAAUGUAAAUGCAUUG